CGAUGCAACAUUCCAUAGCAACACACAUACAAUAUGGCGGCUUGUUUUGAUUGUUCUGUGUCCUUACAAACUUAAAGUAAUGCCACUGUAAAACUGAAUAUCGAAACCCGAUUCUCCGAUACAAUUUAUCGAAAUUAAAUAACGAAAACAAGCGGUACACCAUGGCUGCCCUACAGACAAUCCAGGCUGCAACCUUCCACUCCACUGGUGGUGGAAUGAUAACUGAAAAUAAACCCACUAUCCCUGUUGUGGCCCAUGUCAUAACAGAUGAAGACAUCGGCGCACUUCAGGGAUCCAAACUUAUCCCAAUGAACCUGAACAGAACUAUCAAGCUCCUGACAGACCCACAUUCGUCCAUGCUAUAUGACAGACAUGUGAAUGCUCUCCAAAGAGUUCUCCGUCAUUACACAAAAGGAUUUCCAAUGAAAGACCUCGUACAGGUAUUUAAAAUUCUGAAUGUGUGCUCGGAUCGAGUGAAUGAGCAACCCAGAUACGAACAGUUCAUCAUUGACAUCCUGAAAAUCUGCAGCCUUCCAUUCUUGAAGGAAAAAUCCUCGGAUGAGCUGGUGUUUGAACAGAUUGUUCUUGAGUCCGUCUCUCAACUUGGUUACCUGAUGCGUGUCCCAAGUAUAGCUGUACGAAAACAGAUCUGUGAAACACUGCUGUGCUUCUUUACUGAAAUUCCAGAUAAACAGGAGGUCCAGUAUCACAAAGGCACGAACCUGAAGUACAACCAGAAGGUGGUGGAGGACAGUGACAUAGCAGAGACCCUUGUCAAGUCCCUGGCCUUGCUGGAGAGUGAGCUGCCAGUGAAGCUGGCGGUGCUCAACGUGCUGCAGAAGUUCUCCAAGCACUCAGCCAAGAUUUGUGACUCCAUGCUGAGGGCGGAUGCUGCACACAGGGUCUGUUCACGCCUGAUGGACCCUGACCCCUCGGGACAGCUGCUGUUCAGAUCCUCCGAGAUCCUCUGGAACCUCCUUGAGAAUGGGGAUAAGGCAGUGCUUGCACAACAGCUGAAUAACCUUAUAUGUAUUAGCCAGCUGCGUGAUGCAUUUAUAUACCAGCUGACCCAAGGUUACAGUCACUACGACAGGCAGCUGAGGAAUGACUUGUUAGUGCUGGCCUCUCUCAUUGCACAGAAGUGUCCCAAUACACCCUUUGUGGAGACGGGAUUCGCCAAACAGCUUGUACUCUUUUCUACCUUCCAAGAAGUGAAGAGCCACAAUGCCCUGGUGAAGCACCUGAAACUCAUGCAGAAUCAUGAGGACUUUGAGCUGAAGAAGCUGCUCUUCAACAUCAUGGUAACCAUGGGCAACGACUCCACUGCACUGCCGAUUCUGUCUGAGGGUCACCUGAUGCUGGCUCUGUUCUCCUUUGUGCGAGCCAAUGAGAGUCAGUCUGGACCUCGAGAAUGGACACCAGCACAGUUUGAGGAGCUACAACUUCAGGCGAUGUCGAGCCUGUGCUCACUAUGCCCCAAGAUGCUAGAUGACUACAUGACGGUGCAAGGCAGCACCAGGAUACUGCUGCUCUUGGAGUGGUGUGUGGGGCCAGAGGACUUUGGUGGCCAUGGCAACAGUCUGCACGGUGUUGGUGGCCGCGGUAACAAGCGUGCCCAGAUGCGGUUCUGCUUGCGCGUGCUGCGUAGUGUGGUGUCCACGGGGGAUGAGCUGGCACUGCAGGACCUAGCUGACCAGGGCGCCAUUAACCAGAUCAUCACAAUUCUGACCAAUGCAGUGACCAGUAACACUGAGGAUGAUGCUAUAGACGUGGAGAUGCAGGCAGACAUGAUGAUGAUCCUCUCAUGUCUGUGUGAUGGAGACAUGCACAGAAAGGAGCUCUUUGGAGAGGCCGGUGUGAAUGUCUGCGUGCACUACCUGAGGACUGACCCCAAACUGCUCUCCAGUGGACUGGGUCACCAUAGACUGCUCCUGACGGCCGUAGACUGUGUCUGGUGUUCCAUAGUGGGUUGUUACACAACUGAGGACUACCUUCUGGAGAAAGAGGGCAUCUUUCUGCUAAUUGAUCUCUUGGAGGCCUGCCCCAAGAACAUGCACAACCUGAUACUAGGCUGCCUGCUGGACCUGUGUGAGAACCCCAAGACAGUGCACCACGUGCUGACCUGGAGAGGGAAAGACAACUCUUCCGCGGCCCAUCUCUUCUGUGAGACGUGGAGGAGUGAGGAGAGGGAUCUGGGAGUGAAACGGGACAAUAACGGGGCCAUAGCUGAUGUGCGUCGUCCCCUGAUGGGCAGUCUACAGGACAGCAAGGGGUUCAUACCUCUGCCAGCGGGCUGCAUGUCACAGGCUAUUGUGGACGUCUCAGAGAACAUGAGGGCAAAGAUCUACUCCAUCUUCUGCAAAAUAGGUUUCACAGACCUUCCUGGCUUGACUGUGGAUGAUCAUAUCACACUGACUGUGAUUGAAAAAUACCUCGACUUUAAGAUGGGUGAAGUGUGGACAGAGGUGAUCACAGAGCUGGAUCAGGAGCGGGUGCGACCCACGACCCCUGACCUUGAGGCUGUGGAGGCCAUCUCGCGGGCGAUCGAGAACCGGGCAGAGAUUGUGGCCGGUACCCAGCAGGAGCUGCUGGAGGCGCAGCAGAGCCAGGACACGCUCAAUGAGCAGGAGUUCUACGCUGAGAUCAGAGAAAAUUACAGGCAGAAAGAAAAACAAUUGAAUGACUUCUCAGACUUUGUGGCAAGAACUUCCAACUACCAACUUUUGAAGGCUGCAAAAGAACGACAGGAGUAUUCCAUUGAGGCAUCCCGAAUUCCAAAUGAAUACAAGAAAUCAAACUUUUUCCAUGAAAUCAACCUGCCUAACAUUAAGACAACAACGUUUGCCAGCAAGCAUGUAGUGGUAGACAGCACACCUAUAGACCUCACUGGCGGACCUCUUUCCAACUAUGAUCCUGACACAGGCACCAACAAGACCAGGAAACUACCCACACAGAAGGCGUUAACAAUGUAGAGAAGAAAUAUUGGCAAGACUUGUAGGACAAUGGCUGACAUAAAUAUAUAUACAAUAUAUACAUUAUACAAAAUUAAACAAUAAUCUUUCAAAAGUGAAUAAACGUCCGCAGAAAUAAUGUUAGUUGCAAAUAACAAUAUGGCACAAUACAAUGAACAUAUUACAUCACAGGAUAAGUACUGAUAUACUAUGUCUAUCAUUGAGACGUGACAAAUGUCUACAAAGAGUGCUGAGCCGUUUAUUCUUUCACUUUUUAUUAAGUCAGGUGUAGUUUUUUUGGAAUUGUUUUAUAUAUAAUAAACUGUGAUAUUUUUUUUGCUCUUUUCUGUUUGACUGCAUAUUUUUUGGAAAUUUGAGAAAACAAUUGUGCAUGGGUCUGUAUUGGAGAGGUAUAUUAAGUUUGCAUUUUUCACAACUUAUUUUGAUUUAUUUACUUACUUUCUUGUAAUAUGAUACUACAGUGUCAGAUUGAAACAAAUCCGGAAUAUUCUUUUCCAUUUGAUUGUCAUACAUGUACUCGGUCUACUGUGUAUUGUGUAUGAUAAAUAUAGUUUUGUUUAUAAUAAAUUGUUUCAUUGUU